GACGCCGUGCCCCUCACGUCCCGCGCCCUCGUGAAGCAGCUGCGCGCCGCGGUCGCCGCGAUCGAGGCGGUCGUCGCGCCCGUCCCGGAGGGCCGCCUCGGCGGCGGGGCCGUGCGGCGCAAGCGGCCGAUCGCGGCGGGGGAGCGGCAGGGGGGGGCGGAGGUGUUUGAGCGGCUGAGGCGACAGCGGGAGAGUCAUGGGCGCGUGCACGCGCACCUCAUCUGCGAUGAGGUGGCCAAGGUGGAGCGCGCCGCCGCCGCGGCGCUCUGGGAGGCCGAGCGGGUGCACUCCGGGCUGGCCGCCGGCUGGGCCGCGGGCAUCGCCGCCAAGCAGGCCAAGGCGCGCGGCGGCCGCGCGGCGGCGGCCGGCCCCAAGAGCCUGCCGUGCCUUUACCUGGAAAAAGGGGCGAGCGGCUACAUCUGGGCGCGAAUCCAGAACGUCAAGUCGUGCCCGACCAUUCUCGAGUCUGCUGCCGCGCUGGGCCUGGUUCACGAGCCCACCAAGCGCCCCAAGGGCGUCCGCGGCGCCGGCUUCCACUUCGCGCCCGCCCUCUCCGCCCGGCUGGACGCCUGGCGCUCCGCCGCCAACGCGGCGUCGGCGGCCGCGCGGCGGCGGCUGCAGCAGCUGGCGGCCGACCUGGAGCCCUCGCUGCCGGCGCUGGCGGCGGCGGCGAACUUCAGCGUCCUGAUGCAGGCGCUCGCGCUGCACGUGGCGCACGCCCAGCCCCGCGGCUGGACCGUGCCCGAGCUCGUGCCGCCGCCGGCGGCCGCGGGCGAGGCGGCCGGCAGCGAGGCGGCUGGCGGCAGCGGCGGUGGGGACGGCCUGGGGGACCCCGAGGGCCGGAGGCUGGUGCUGGAGUCCUUGUGGCCGUACUACAUGGACUCGCGCGAGUCGGCGACGGUGACUAAUGACGUCGAGCUGGACGGGAUGGUCAUGCUGACGGGGCCAAACAUGGCGGGCAAGUCCACGGCGCUCCGCGCCAUCUCGGCCGCCGCGUUGCUCGCCAACUGCGGCCUGCUGGUGCCCGCCAGGCGCGCGCGCGUUCCCCACUACGACGGGUUUGUGCUGCGCAACUUCAGCGGCGACGCGCCCAGCGAGAGGAUGAGCGCGUUCGGGGUGGAGAUUCGGGACAUGAGCAACCUGAUUGCCAUCGCGGGCCCGAGGACGCUGGUGCUGCUGGACGAGCUUGGCAAAGGUACAGAGGUCCGCGCCGGCACCGCCCUGGCGGGCGCCAUGCUGGAGGCCCUCGUCGCCCGCGGCUGCUCCGGCGUGUUCGCGAGCCACCUGCACCUGCUGCACUGCCUGCCGCUCCGCGAGGGCCCGCGCGGGCUGGCGCGGUGGCGGAUGGAGGUGCAGGACAGCGCGUGGCGGGGGCGCGGGGAGUACCCCCUCGCAGGUGCGCGCCGCGCGCCGCGGCAGCGGGGGUGGGGCGGGGAGGGGGGACUCGGGGAACAUGAGGGUGGAGGGGGCUGA